UUAUUUUAAAAUUAGGAAUAUGUGGUGGCUUGGGGUGAAUCUUUUUUGAUGUCCUCUGGCUCUGAUGCUACCAGAAUCUGGCCUGAGCCAGGCUGAGUGUAGAAAAUGACAAUUGCACCAUUGAAAUAGUGGUUUCUUUUGCAGUUGGAGGGAGCCUUUGCUGUGUGCCAGUAGCAGGCCUGGGGUCACGGAGGGCUGGGACUGAGGGGAGCACACGGGCCCCCCAGACGGGGCGAUUUCAGUUUCCAUAUGGAAAAGGGAUGUGGCAUCUGGUUUCACUCCCAGCAGCUGGCAGCUUGAAGCCUGUGUUUUGCAUGGUGUGGAGUAAAGAGAAAAUAAAGUGUCGAAUUGUUUGGCAUUAUCAAGGAUUUCUGCUCCCCAGGACUCCUGCAUAAAGAGAUGGAAAUUUUAGCUGCUGGAGCCAAGAAACACACAGAAGUAUAUGAAUUUAUUACAUUUUAUCUCAUUCCCUUGCAAACAGCGCUGGAAAUGUCAAAAGAUCAUCUAUUGUUUCAUCGUUUAGAAAGAAUUUUUGUUUUCUAGUUGUAAUUUCCUUGAUGCCUGGCUGUGGGGAAGGAAGAGAAAUUGGAGCAGGAGCUGGCAGGGCUGCGGCAGGUUGAACAUGCAGACCUGGAUUGUAGCAGCAACCCUCAGUGUGAUCCUGUGAGGAGCUUUCAGCACCCACCAGGAGUGGGAAAGGACAGGACAGGACAGCUCCAUCCUCUGAGCACAGACCAGCAAGAAGCACUCCUUCAUUACUGGACAUAUCUCGGUUGUGAUCCCUACCCAUUUUUCAGGGCAGUGGGAGGACACUUCCAGGGCAGUGGCUCCCUGAGCACCCCCUAACAGUUCUCCAUGUGACUCCCAAGCAGGAUGCACCAUGUCUCCCCUGCACCAGCUCUGACCAUGAUGGCCACCCAGACCGUGCCUCCUCCUCCCUACCAGGACACCCCACAGAUGACAGCCACAGCCCAGCAGCCCACCAAAGCCCAGCCCGUGCACCUCACCACGCCGGCGGCGGCCGCCAACGCGCCGGUGCCGGCGGCGGGCGGCGACCCCCAGGCGCAGCUGGAGGCCGACAAGAGGGCUGUCUACAGGCACCCGCUGUUCCCACUGCUGACGUUGCUCUUUGAGAAGUGUGAGCAGGCGACGCAGGGCUCUGAGUGCAUCACCUCGGCCAGCUUCGAUGUCGACAUCGAGAACUUUGUCCACCAGCAGGAGCAGGAACACAAGCCCUUCUUCAGUGACGACCCCGAGCUGGACAACCUGAUGGUGAAGGCGAUCCAGGUGCUGCGCAUCCACCUGCUGGAGCUGGAGAAGGUCAAUGAGUUGUGCAAGGACUUUUGCAACCGUUACAUCACCUGCCUCAAAACCAAGAUGCACAGCGACAACCUACUCAGGAACGACCUGGGGGGGCCCUACUCCCCCAACCCCUCCUCCAUCAGCCUCCACCCCCAGGAGAUGCUGCAGAGCUCUCCAGCAGCGCUGCCGCCGGCCGCCAACCCCCCGGCGGGCAUCGUGGUGCCCGCGGCCACUCUGCCCCCGGGCAACCUGGCCAUGGGCACCGGCAGCAGCUCGCCCGCCGUGCCAGGUGGAGCCUUGUACCAGCCGGUGACGAUGGUGACGGCGCAGGGCCAGGUGCUCGCCCAAGCCAUCACCCCUGGGGCUCUGCAGAUCCCCAGUGCCCAGGUGAACCUGGAUCUCACCUCCCUCCUUGAUGGUGAGGACAAGAAAUCCAAGAACAAACGGGGAGUCCUGCCCAAACACGCCACCAACAUCAUGCGCUCAUGGCUCUUCCAGCAUCUCAUGCACCCCUACCCCACAGAGGAUGAGAAGAGGCAAAUCGCCGCCCAAACCAACCUGACCCUUUUGCAAGUCAACAACUGGUUCAUCAACGCCCGGCGGCGCAUCCUGCAGCCGAUGCUGGAUGCCAGCAACCCGGACCCAGCCCCCAAAGCCAAGAAAAUCAAAUCCCAGCACCGGCCCACGCAGCGCUUCUGGCCCAACUCCAUCGCCGCCGGCGUCCUGCAGCAGCAGGGCGGCAACGCAGCCACAAAUCCUGAUGGCUCGCUCAGCAUGGACAACCUCCAACCCCUCUCGUCAGCCACUGCCACCAUGGCCAUGCAGCAGGCGAUGCUGGCAGCCCAUGACGACUCCCUGGAUGGCACUGAGGAAGAGGAGGAGGAUGAGGAGGACGAGGACGAGAUGGAGGAGGAGGAGGAAGAGGAGGAAGAGCUGGAGGAAGAGCCUGGUGGCCUCCCAGCAGCACCUGGUGCUGACCUUGGUUUGGACCACAGUGACUCACUGGAAUAGCUCCUCCUGCACCCUCCCAAAUCAUUGUCUGAGCACCAGAUACAAAAUUCUCCCUGAAAUGCAAAAAAAUAAAGGCAAGAAGAAGAAAUUAGUGAGAAAAAAGCAAACUGGCAGCGCUGGCAGAGGCCCUGGCUGCCCCCAGGAGCGCGGGGACCACCACGGCAGCGCACGGCAGUGAAGGACACACGUUUACAAGGCACAUAUUGUGGCCAGAAUAAUCUUUUAUUUCAGGUUUUAUUUUUCUUUUUCCAUUCUUUUUUUUUUGGUAAGCAAAAGCAUUUUUAGGGGAAGUUGUUUUCCCCACGUGACGCUCGGAUGCUGUUGGGCAGUGGUGGGUGUGCCACUGCGUCCAUCCCUUGGAUUUCUUGGUGCAAAGAAAAGCCAAACCAACCCCAGGACUUGAUGCUUUUUUUGGAUUUUUCCCCCAGAAAGGUCAUUCACAGGCAUAAAUACUGGCAUGGAGGGGGAAGAAAAAUAAUCAGCGAGUGCAAAUUCUGCUAUAUCCAAGGAGGGUUUGGUGCUCGACUCAUGGGAUUGCCCAAACCUCCCAACUUUGGCCCUGAUGCUGAGGCUGCUUGGUGAUUCUGGACACAACUUUCUGGAAAAAGGAGGAAAUUCCUCCAAAUCCUUUAAUUUAUGUGCUAAAACCUCUGCUGAAUCUGGAAAAAAUCCGACUCACCUCAUUCUCGUCCUUAAGGGCCGAGAUUGGAAGCAGAGCUGGGGCAAAGGCUGCCGGGAGUAAAACUUUUCCAAGGCAUUUUGGCACAGAGUUAGUUAAAAAUGGGGAAAAAAAUUGGUUUAAAAAAUGCAAGAUUUCACCCAAAAUCGAAUGGCGAUGCGCAAGACUUGCCUGGGUGGAAGGAAACUAAGUAUUAUUGCUUAAAAGAUGAGUUCUCCCUGGUAUUGUCCCUCCACAUGGCAAAAUGGUGGAGCUUUAGCCCCGAGGGGGAGGGCACCUGCCAAAAACCCUGUAUUUUGGGUUUUUUUUUAUUUUGAGUGCUAGCAAAAGGGUGUAUUCGCCUUAAAAUGUGGCAUGGGAGGAAAUGCAAAAGCAAACCAGGGCAAAAAUAAAGGAAUUGUCUUCUGCAGGUUCCUGCUCUAAAUGUGAGAUUCUAGGAGAAGGAUCAUUUUCUUGGUGGCUUUUUGCCCAUAUUGUCAUUUUUUUCUCCUGGCUCUUGAAGAGUUGACAAAAGAACCUGAACAAGAGCUGGGAUUAAAAACAGAAGUGAUGCAAUGGGCAGAAAUGCCUAAUUUUGGAUACUGAUCUGGCGUGAAUGUAAUCUGUAAUUUCAUAAAGGAUUCAUUGUAAUUUAGUAUUAAUUCCUGGCCAUUUAUUAUAAAGUGCUACAAGAUGAGGGGUCGCA